ACCGAAAUUCCGGAGCUUCGGGCGCCCUUCUCGUUCUACCAGCGCCGUACUGUUCUAGUACUUGAAUCCCGAAUUCUUUUUUCCAUCGACUUUCUUGGCGUGGAACAGCCGCUUGAGCGAGCCAGUCCGAGUUCGCCAACCACAAACGUGACCACCAGCGAACAGUUCACUAGAUAUAAGCCGCCCACCCAAAGGGACCCUGAUACCCACCCAUCCUCGUGCUUCGGCUUUCCCAUUACUGUCAUCAGCAUCAAAUCAACUAAGAUUCACUCAUACCCAUCAUAUCAGCGCUCCUCCAACCCACAGUUCCUAUUCGGCCAUGUCUACCUCCGAACAACCGCCCUGGCACGCAGCCUACCCAAAGCCAGUCUCGGAGGCGGUCUUCCUUCCCCGCUCCACGGUCUUGGAAUGGUUCUCAUCAGAAGACAAGCUUCCGGGAAAGCACUUUGUCCUAGUUGACCUUCGCCGUAACGACCAUGAAGUCGAUAUCCCCUCCUCUCCCAUUGACUCCCCCAACACUUGAUGGAUAAGAAGCGCAUAGGCUCUUUGUUUCGCUUUUCGGAAAAACUAAUGCCCAGCAGGGAGGAACCAUCAAAACCUCCAUAAACCUUCCCGCUCAGAGCAUGCACCCCUCCAUCCCAACGCUUUACACCCUGUUCUCGUCAGCGGGUGUUGCGGCCGUUGUCUUUUAUUGUGGUACGUCAUGUGCUCCGGACCCCCGCACCUGUAAGGUGGGGUUAACGAAGGAAACAGGAUCGUCGCAAGGAAGAGGAUCUAGAGCGGCUUCUUGGAUGCAGGAUUAUAUUAAUGAGAAGGGGGACAAUAAUAUGAAGAGCUUUGCACUGGAGGGUGGGAUAAAAGGAUGGGUUAAGGAAGGAGGAAAUUUGCUGGAGAUGGUGGACGGGUAUGAAGAGGAGGCCUGGAAGAAGUUUGUUUAGAAGCAUCGAUACGACGCCGUUACGGCGCAUUGGAGGCACCGGAGGGUUUAUAUAUAGGAAUCGGUUACGAUAAACUCCUUAUAGU